AGUUAGUUGUUAGUUUUUAAACAAUUCGCACAUACGAGGACUCAAUCUAAAUAGUUGAGUAUCUUUUUUUUUUCCAAGUUUUUACUAUCGCACCGGCUCUACUUUAUCUAGGACAAAAUGCUGUUUGCACAAUUUCAAAGUAUCCUUUCGGUGAUAACCGGACUCGUUCUUUUAUGUGUUACUUCACAUUUCGUGAAUUCUAAACCUAGUCCAGGUUUGGAGUUAUCCUCGCUUCUGCGCCGCGAUAUAAAGCCGACGCGAUGCAAGCCUCCUUUUUUGAAAAAUGGGAACGUAAGAUUUCGGCAACGUAAAAAAAUUAUAAAGUUUGAAUGUGGGCCAGGAUAUCAAUUGCGUGGAUCGUCGUACGCCGGCUGUUUCAAUGGAAAAUGGGAUGCGCCGAUUCCAGUGUGUGCUAAACGUGGCUGCAACAAGCUAAAUCCACCACCACACGGUUUCUUGCUCGAUGAGGACAAUGGUUUGUUGGUUUACCUUCUCUGUAAGGACGACUAUGAAGUAGUAGGAAUAAGAAGUGCACAUUGCGACGGGAAGAAGUGGGAUCGUGAACUUGGAACAUGUCGUGAGAAAUCAACGAAGCCCCAAACUUGGUGUGACUUCGAAACGGAAAGCCUUUGCGGUUGGACGUCUAAUGUUAUGGCAGAUGGAUUUGAAUGGAAACGACACCUUGCACACCAGGCAACUUGGAUCCACAAUGGACCCCAGUUUGAUCAUACAUUCAAUGAAUCAUCAAAAGGACAUUACAUGCUUCUGGAAACAAACAAUGGAUUUGAGGAUGAGUGGGCACGUCUCAUCUCACCCCUGUAUAGCCCAAAUGAGAGUAUGAACGCAUGCUUUUCAAUGAGUUACUUUAUGAGUGGUGCAGCCCAGGGCACAUUACGAAUUUAUGUGAAACCCUUAUCCGUAGAUAUGGACACCAUUCUGGAGAAUCCAAAAUAUAUGUUUUUCAAUAUAUCAGGGAAUCAACGUAACCUCUGGCAUAAUAUUACCGUCGAUAUCGACCAGUAUGAUGAAUCCUUUCAAGUGAUUAUAGAAGGAACGCCAGGAAACGGUCAUUUAUUCGAUGUUGCUGUUGAUGAUGUUGCAAUUUUUCAAGGAACUCAUUGCGCAAUGGAAGAGGAAAAACUAAAACAAGAGAAAAAUAAAAACGAAACUGAAGAACGUGGGAAUGUGUUCGAUUAUCGCUCAUGCAAAUCACGAUGUUCUGAAACUUCUCCGUCGUCAGUUCCUGAUGAAACUCGACCUGAUGGCAGUAUAAUCAAAGCCUGUGAUUGCCACGUUGAUUGUGAAGAAACAUGUUGUCCUGAUUAUAGAAGUAUAUGCGCUUUUGCUGCGUCCGCCGAGACGGAUUUAUUCAUAUACAAUAGCGACACCAUAGAAGAAACUACGCUCCCUAUACGACUGCCAUUCGCGAAAACUGGAACGCAGAGCUUUGCGACUUCAACAAUGGUUCCUCAGACUAACGACAGGGCCAAGUUCACCAUCAAAUCAUCAACGACUAGACCGAUUACUGCUUCCAAUAACAAUGUGUCGUCAAGAAUCAACACUAAAGCUACAACCGAAUUCUCGCUAGUGCCAUCAACCAAACAAAGCAAAAGGUUAACAAAUUUGUUUAUUGUCGGAACGACGAGCUCUAUCAUAACACGAAUGACAGAAACUGGCCAUACAGAAUUUUUGGUAAGCUCAUUUAGUAACAGCCACAAAAUGAAUAGUGUCAGCCAAUUACCGACAAACAUGAUGAAAGAUGACCCAACAGCCAACACUCUUGAAAUAUACAGCCCCGAUGAUGGGAUAUCAAUUGAAGAAGGUUCCGGGACGACUCCACUUCCUCUCUUUAUAAUUCUGUCAUCAAUUUUCACUAUAUGUUUACUGUUGGCUGGGGCUAGCAUUGCCAUCAAACACUAUCGAAGAAAAUAUGGUCCAGAAAAUUACAAAAUUAAUGCUGAAACGGCCAAUCGAAAUGGUCGUAUUCCAGGUGAAUUCAGUGACGUUAUGUACUUAGCAAAUGAGGAACAAAUUGACUUUACAAUGCAAACGGUUCAAACAUAAUGUAAAUAUAAAUAUACAAAACAAUAGCAUUUAAAAACGCCAAUAGCUUAAUUGCUGUUCGGAAAUAUGACCUGAAAAUGUAUAAACAAUAAAGAAGGUUCUUCCUAA